GCAAAAAUCCGUCUUAAAAAAAGCGGUAAACAAAACCCAAAGGGAAGCUUCGCUUAAACCCUGGUAUUGGGUUGGGUUCCCUGCACUCCAGCUUGUGGCUCGGAUUUGGGAAUCAGAAUGAAAAUCGCAGUAGAAGGUUGUAUGCAUGGCGACCUCGACAAUGUCUACAGAACCCUCCAACACUACGAAAAACUUCACAGCACCAAAAUCGACCUUCUCCUCUGCUGCGGCGACUUUCAGGCUGUGAGGAAUGAGAAGGACUUAGAGAGUUUAAAUGUGCCUCGAAAAUAUCGGGACAUGAAGACCUUCUGGAAAUACUAUUCCGGCGAGGAAGUUGCUCCGUUCCCCACAAUAUUCAUCGGUGGAAAUCACGAAGCUUCUAAUUAUUUGUGGGAACUGUAUUAUGGAGGGUGGGCAGCACCUAAUAUAUACUUCUUGGGGUUUGCUGGGGUAGUCAAGUUUGGAAACAUUCGAAUUGGUGGGCUGUCUGGAAUUUACAACCGGCACAAUUAUUGCAAAGGGCACUAUGAGAGGCCUCCUUAUAAUGAGAGUACUAUCAGGUCCAUAUAUCAUGUUCGUGAAUAUGAUGUCCACAAACUCAUGCAAGUUGAGGAACCAAUUGAUAUUUUUCUUUCACAUGAUUGGCCUGUUGGCAUCACUGAUUGUGGGGACUGGAAGAAACUUGUUCGGGACAAACCUUUUUUUGAGAAGGAGGUUCAGGAAAGAAAUCUUGGGAGUAAACCAGCUGCUCAAUUGCUAGAAAAACUGAAACCACCUUAUUGGUUUUCAGCUCAUCUACACUGCAAAUUUGCUGCUCUUGUUCAGCACGAGGAAGAUGGUUCAGUGACAAACUUUCUUGCCCUUGACAAGUGCCAACCAGGACGCAAAUUUCUGCAGGUUAUUGAAAUUGAAUCUGAGCCAGGCCCUUAUGAAAUCCAGUAUGAUGAAGAAUGGCUAGAAAUAACUCGACGAUUUAACUCUAAUUUCCCUCUCACAAAUAGAAGUGCAAAUUUUUGGAAUGUACAUCUUGACAAGCAAGAUUGUCGUCAAUGGGUCAGGAGAAAGUUACAAGCAAGAGGGGCUAGACCUUUUGAAUUCACCCAGACAGCUCCACCUUACAAUCCCUCUAACUCUGUCCCGAGUGGUACCUUUCCUGAAUACACUCGGAAUCCUCAGACAGAAUCUCUUUUGCAGUUUCUGGAACUUCCUUACCUUCUUGAUAACACGUCAGAAUCAUCACAAGUACCUAGGAGUCCUCUUCCAUUGAUCCGUACAGGUUCUCUUGAAGAUAACAGUGAAGACAUUCCCAUUGAUGAUGUAGAUGAUGUGGAUGAGUUGGAAGAACUUGCCGAAGAUGCUGUGGAUACUAAAACUGAAAAUGUUCUCACAGUUGAAGUAUAUGUAAUCGAAUUUCAUGUAUAUGCUUGGAUGGUCUAUCAGAUGGAGAAAAGACCAACAGCCUUCUUUUACACACAUGGUGUCUUCUUUGUGUGGUUAUGUUUAGCUGCUUCUGCUUCUUGUGAUGAGCUCACAUUGAGUUUCUACUCAGCUUCGUGCCCUUCUGCUGAGCUCAUGGUCAGAAACACAGUCAGUUCAGCUUCUGACAUGGACCCUACCAUCCCUGGGAAGCUCCUUCGCUUGCUCUUCCAUGAUUGCUUUGUGGAGGGUUGUGAUGCAUCUGUGCUUCUAAAAGGAACUGGGACUGAGAGAAGUGAUCCAGCAAACACAUCUCUGGGUGGCUUUUCAGUGAUUGAUUCAGCAAAAAGAUUGCUUGAAAUUUUCUGUCCAGGAACUGUUUCUUGUGCUGACAUUGUUGCUUUGGCUGCUAGAGAUGCUGUUGAAAUUGCUGGGGGACCUGUAGUUCAGAUUCCAACUGGUAGGAGAGAUGGAAAGGUUUCUGCAGCUUCAAAUGUCAGGCCUAAUAUUGUAGACACAAGUUUUACAAUGGAUGAGAUGAUUAAGCUCUUCGUAUCUAAAGGGUUGUCUUUGGAUGACCUUGUCACCCUAUCAGGAGCUCACACUAUUGGAUCAGCUCAUUGUGGUGCAUUUAGUGACAGGUUCCAACAAGACUCCAAAGGGAAACACAAACUCAUUGACACAUCCUUAGACAAUGCUUAUGCAGAGGAGCUCAUGAGACAGUGCCCUGCGGGCGCAAAUCCAUCUACGACAGUUAAAAUUGAUCCUAACACUUCGUUUGCGUUCGAUAAUCAAUACUACCAAAAUCUCUUAGCCCACAGAGGGCUAUUGCAAUCGGAUUCCGUCCUGUUAAGCGAUGACAGAACAAGGAAGCAAGUGGAGAGUUUUGCACAGGACCAAGUUAUUUUCUUUGAGAGUUGGGCUCAGUCAUUCUUGAAGCUUGCUAGCAUUGGCGUCAAGAAUGGUGAAGAAGGCGAAAUUCGAGCCUCUUGUUCAACAACUAAUGCAUGAAAGAAUGAAAAAUAGUUGCAAA